AUGAAUACAUUAAACGCAUUGAUGGGACCGUCGGGUGCGGGAAAGACAACACUAUUAAAGUGUCUGAACGGCCAGAAUAGCGCCGGUUUGAGCGCAAACACCAAGAUUUACGCCAUAAAUGACCGAUGGGUUCGCCCGUGUUUUAUAAAGUCAGAAGUUUGGGACCACUUAUUGCCGGGACUGACUGUAAGACAGACACUGGUAUACGCGUCGAGACUCAAGAAUUCAAGGAUUUGUGUUAAAUUAAAUCACAAUAAAAUUGUGACGGAUUUGAUGUCAGAGCUGGCGAUCGGCGAUACGGCAGACAAUAGGGUCGAGACGUGUAGUGGAGGCGAACAAAAACGUNUGUGUGUGUCUGGUUUCGAAACGACCCACUAUUCGCUUCUAUGGUUAUUAUUAUUGAUGGCAAACAACAGGCAAAUGCAGAUUAAACUCAGGGAUGAGAUCGAGUCAGUUAUCGGCGAUCGUAUGGCCACUCAUGAGGACAGAAAUCGGUGCCAUUAUGUCAACGCAUUCAUCGCCGAAACAUUGCGCUACCGGCCGGUGGCGCCCGGAGGUGUGCCCCAUACGGCCAUGUGCGACACCCAUUUAGACAAGCAUUGGUUGCCAAAGGGUACAGUGAUAGUUGGCAAUCUCUUGGCCAACAGUAUGGACCCCAAACUAUGGCCAAAUCCGGGUACGUUUGAUCCUGAUAGAUUUCUCAACCAGGACGGCACACUCGUUGCGCACGUGCCGGGGUAUGUGGCGUUCGGUGUCGGCCACCGGUCGUGUUUGGGCGAAAAGUUGGCCACCGCUGAGCUAUUCCUAGUGGUCGCACAUCUCGUGAAAUACACGGCCGGACGUGUGUUUGUCUUAGAGAAGGGCGCCGGUGAUGGUGAGGCCGAUCUGGAGAUGGCCGCCGACCAGUUGGUCACCAGCCGACCCAAGCCAUACAAGAUUAUGCUUCUGCCAUGUGCAACUUAA